CCUCCUCCUCCUUAAACCCUCCUGGCUCCUUGCCCCCCUCCUGAUGGGCAUCCCCAGCUGCUAUGGAGGAGAAGGUGCCCUCAGUGGAAUCCUAUGAGGCCGCCAUGGUGCUGAGCGGGGUGGGGGAUGCGCUGGGGUACCGGGGGGGGCGCUGGGAGUACUGCACCUCGGGGCCCCAGAUCCAUGCGGAACUGGAGGAACUGGGGGGGCUGGGGGCCAUCGUCCUGGAGCCCCCCGAGUGGCCCGUGAGCGAUGACACCGUCCUGCACCUGGCCACGGCCGAGGCGCUGGCCACGGGGCUGGAGGGGGAAGCGCUGCUGCAGGAGAUGGCCCGGCGCUACGUGGAUGCAAUGGGGGACAUGGAGGGGCGCAAACCGGGCCCCACGAGCAUCCUGGGCACAUCUCAGCUGCAGCCGGGGGUCCCCGGCGGGUACCGCAUCCCCUUCAACCCCACGGGCACCGGGUGCGGGGCCGCCAUGCGCAGCCUCGCCAUAGGGCUCAGGUACCCCCGUGUUCGGGACCUCCCGACCCUGAUCGCGGUGAGCAUCGAGAGCGGGCGCAUGACCCAUCACCACCCGACGGGGUACCUGGGGGCCCUGGCGGUGGCGCUGUUCGGGGCGCUGGGGGUGCGGGGGGAGGCCCCCGAGCGUUGGGGCCCGGAGCUGCUGCGGGUCCUGCCCCUGGCCUGGGGCUACGUGGAGGGCACCGGGGUGGCCGUGGCCGAGAACGCGGAGGCGUGGCCGUUCUUUGGGGAGGCCUGGACCCGGUACCUCUCCUCCCGCGGGCUCCUCCCCGGCUCGGGCCCCCCCCGCCUGCCCCCGUUACCGGACGCCGCCUCCCGGGACCGGGAGUACGAGCGCUGGGCGCUGGGGGCGUGGCCGGGCCGCAGCGGGCACGAUGCGCCCAUGGUGGCGCUGGAGGCGGUGCUGGCGGCGGGGGGGGCCUGGGCCGAGCUCUGCGGGCGGGCGGCGCUGCACGGGGGGGACAGCGACAGCACCGGGAGCAUCGCGGGGGGGUGCUGGGGGCUGCGCUGGGGGCUCGGGGCCGUCCCCGAGGGGCUCCUCCGGGGGCUCGAGUACGGGGAGAGGCUGAGGGAGGCGGGGAGGGGGAUCCAUGGGGUGGUGUGGGGGGGGCAGCGGGAGUGA